UUUGAUUGUGAGUCUGCCCGUCGUCUGUGGUCCAUAACACAAACGUUCUAUAGCCGGUUGGUGUAUUCUUCACUCCGUCCGUCCGCCAAUUCGUGCUUUCGGAGCGCGCGCGACUCUCUAUAGCGGCUGCACGUUUUUCCGUCCAUUGACACAGGCACCGCUGUCACUUCGUUGGAACAGCGGCGGAAUUUGCGAUGGGCCUUCUCUCGGAGGGAACACCACUCACGUGGACCGAGGUCCAAAAGUAUUGUGAACACGUACGUCACCAUGCCGUCAUCCAAUUCAUAAACAUAUACAACAAAGUCAAGGAUCGCCAGAAUGACUGCUUGAAGUUCGGGGAUGAAAUCGAAUACAUACUCAUCAAGUUUGACCACGAACGACGCUCUGCAAAAUUGAGUUUGCGGGCGGACAUACUUCUGCCGAUUCUCCAGGAAGAAGAGCACAAGAAUCCCGCCAAAGCCAGAAGUUUGUGGCGUCCUGAAUUCGCUGCGUACAUGAUCGAAGGGACUCCGGGACAACCCUAUGGGAGCUUGAUCUCAUAUUUGAACAUCGUCGAGGAGAACAUGCGAGCCCGACGGCGAUACGCUCAAAAGUUGCUCGAGGAGAACGAGCAUCUCGUGUGUCUGACAACUUACCCUCGGCUUGGUUGUGAACUCUUCUCCGAUCCUCCCCACGAGGCUAAUUGGCGAACUUCGUUCCUGAAGUCGCUCUACUUCCCGGACGAAGUUGUUUUCCCCGGUCAUCCACGAUUCAACCAGCUGGCCCGCAGUGUACUCGAGCGUCGUGGUAAGAAAGUCGCGAUUCACGUUCCUAUUCUGAAAGACGUCAACACGCCGACACCUUUCAUCGAGGACGACCAAGGUGAUCCGGAUGCCGCACAGGCAAUCAAGCCUGAUCACGUGUACAUGGACUGCAUGGGUUUUGGAAUGGGAAACUGCUGCUUGCAAGUCACGUUCCAAGCUUGCAACAUCAUGGAAGCACGGAGACUUUACGAUCAGUUGGCACCAAUUUGUCCUGUUGUGAUGGCUCUGAGCGCCGCGUCGCCCAUUUUCCGGGGGUACCUGACCGAGAGGGAUUGUCGCUGGAAUGUCAUCGGCGAUUCCGUGGACUGUCGUCGCGACGAAGAGAAAGGACGAAUAAAAAAGUCACGGUACGGAACAAUCGAUUGCUACAUCUCGGAGAAAGGAGGAAGUUUCAACGAUAUCGAGGUCGUAUACGACAAAAAAUACUACGAUAAGCUGCGGAGCCACGGCGUCGAUCACCUGAUGGCCCAGCAUGUAUCUCAUCUUCUCAUCCGAGACCCGCUGGUGAUAUUCAGCGAAAAAAUCGAUCUGAACGACGAAGAAGACAGCGACCAUUUCGAGAACCUUCAGAGCACCAACUGGCACAACAUGCGGUUCAAACCCCCGCCACCGAAUAGCUCAAUCGGCUGGCGGGUCGAAUUCCGACCCAUGGAAAUUCAGACUACCGAAUUCGAAAACGCGGCUUUCACAGUUUUCAUUGUUCUACUGAGUCGCGUGAUUUUAUCCUACGGCCUGGAUUUCCUCAUCCCGAUCUCCAAACUCGACGAAAAUAUGGAAACGGCUCAGAAACGCGACGCGGUAAGGCAGGAGCGAUUCUGGUUUCGACAAGACGUUGUUUUGGAAGGUUUCGGACUCAACGGAAUUCACAGGGAAGACACGCCCAAGGAAAACGGUUAUCAAGAACCAAAAAUCGUCAAGAUGGAAUGCAAUGAAGUUUUCAAUGGGUCCGAGCGCUUCCCAGGAUUGAUACCGCUGAUAAAAAAGUAUCUCAAGUCAAUGGAGGUGGACGUCGAUACUCAGUGCACGAUCAGUCAUUACUUGAACCUGAUUUCGAAGAGGGCAAAAGGUGAAUUCCUCACGACCGCCACCUGGAUCCGAAACUUCGUGAACAAUCAUCCCGGCUACAAGAAGGACUCGAAGAUCAGCGACGAAAUCAAUUACGAUUUGAUGCGGCGACUGGUGGAAAUCCAAGAACAAAAAAUUGAUGAGCCGGCCUUGUUCGGAGAGUGGUGUUCAAAAACAAAGUCCCAAAUCCCUCGGGCCGUCCUCAGAAAUCAAUGUUGCAACUGAGAAGCGUUAGUCCGAAGUUACCUCCUGAGAGUCUCCUCCUAGGAGAAUGAAGCUCGUCCGUCUCCGACGCCAGAGUCCGCCUCGAAGCUAGGACACCGGCGCGGAGAGCGGAUAGAGUCCGUCGAGACGCAACCGGUCCGGCGAGGCAGCAGCACAGCGUCAAGUCUUCCGGAUCACGGGGAAAGCGGAGGGUGGAGCAGGAUAGCCUUGGAGAGUGGACAGUUAAAGGAUUGAUCCAAGGUCAUUUUCUCGAUUGUUGUUGUUGGUAGUGGUGGCGGUGAGAUGGGUGCAGAGCUGGAAGACUAAUAUCUGUUGAAAUCUUCGGGAUAGUCUGUGGAUAAACUUUUCUUCCUUUGUAUAUUUCUAUGACUUGCUAGAAAUUUGCUCCAAGAGACAACGAUGUAUGGGGAUGCUACGCUGACGGCGGAGCAAAGAACUGAAGAUAGGGAUAGUUAUAGAUUAUAGACAAAAUGAUAGAGAGAGAGAGAGAUCGGCGAAGGUGGUGGCAGCAAUAUCUACUCUGCUCGAUCAUCUCGGUGAUGGGAUCUUUGAUCUCGACAUGGAGUCCCCGAAAAAGCUCCAUGGGAUGGCCAACGUCCGAAAAUAAUAAAGAGAAGAGU